CCAUGGUAAAGAGUACGGUAGGUGCUGCAAACCGCUUCGUUAUUCGCAACGUUUAGUUACAAAGUUCCGUGCUGUGACUUCGUUAUUUGUUGUUCGUUUCGAUUUUUUCUUCUGUUUUCCAAAAAUGUGGAAAGAAUCGGAUUUCCGGAAAUUAGUUGCUGUUUUUACUAUCUUAAUUGCUGAAUGCAUUUAUUUAGCGUCAUCCGAAGUAAAAAUAACAGACCUGAAAGUCCCCAAAUAUCUCCAGAAAGAGGAAGACAAGUCUGUCAUAUUAGACUGCGAUUACGAAUUUAGUAAAGACGAAGACGUAGAAAUUAAAUGGUAUUACAAUGACGACAAGAAUCUGAUAUAUCAAUGGAUUCCACAAAGGAGUAAACCACAAGCCGUGGGGGCAUUUAGAGGCGUAAUUGACCCAACGUACAAAGUGUCAAAUGAUGCUAACAAGGAAUAUAGAGCUAUCCUGCUCAAGCAAAUUACUCCUGCACUAUCUGGAAAUUACACGUGUAAAAUUUCUGGAAUAUUCCACGAAGACGUCGAAACAAAGAAAAUGAUCAUUUACGAGCCUGCAGAAUCCUUUAGCAUUCUGUAUAUUGAACAAUCGAAGACCAUCGUUUGUGAAGCACAUGGACUCUCUCAUGAACCGAAAAUGGUCCUGUCUGCCGUUUAUUUAACAGGAAGCAACGACACUCUUCCAAGUUUCGAAGAAGACGAAUAUAUUAUAGAAAACUCACAAGAUUACGAGUACAAUAUAACAGCUAUAUAUAAAGUAUCGGAUACGGCCCUGUCCGACUCAGUCAAAUUUGAAUGCAUCCUUUCUCUUCCAGAUACGGACUACGAAGUUAGAAAAAGUUAUAUUGUAUACUCAGGUGCAUCGUCAUAUAACUUUGUUCCUGUUUUACUCGCUCUUUCAACUCUGGGAUCGUUGUUUUUAAGUGCAAAUUAAAACAAAAAAUUAUUAGAAACCUUUUUUGUUACUAUUUACGAAAAUGUGAUAUUCGCCAAAAACUGUAAAUAAUAUACAUAUGUAUAAAUAAGUGUAUAAAAUAAAAGAAAUGUUAUUUUGUAUAAUGUUUACUGUUAACUAUUGUACAUGUAGUUACGUGUACACUGUAAAACUUUAAAGAUGUUAAAAGAUACAGUUAAUGAAAUUGUAAAGAUGUUUUGUUAACAUUGAGAGUAACUAGUCAGUAUUUACAAAAUCUUUAUGAAACUAAUGAAUAUUAAUAAGAAUUGUAUUGUUUCUACUUUAUACAGCACUAAAAUGAUACAUACAUACAUACAUAUCUAUAUAUAUAUAU